CAAUCCAGCUAUUGCAGUAACUGUCAGAGGUGAGAGGAGAGGCAGCUGGUGAAAUUCCAGUGACUUGCUGUUUUAACUCAUUUGUGUUCUUCAGGUAUUGGGAAGCUCUCCCAUGUUCCGUGCUGUGCUGCUUAGCCGGGUGUCGCCCCCAAUGCUCCCACUUCUGGCUGCUGUGCUAUUCCAGAGGAAGGAGAGGAAGGAUACCGGGCUCUACCACUGGCGGCUCGAGAAGCAUUCUUACUAUAACCUUGCAGUUAAAGUCCUGAGAGCCAGAAAUGUCAAGGGCACAGAUCUGCUUUCAGAGGCAGACUGCUAUGUGCAGUUACAACUACCAACUGCAUCUCCAAUCACUUAUCGAACUCGGGUUGUUGACAACUCCACUAAUCCAGAGUGGAAUGAAACCUUUCAAUUCCGAAUUCACAGAGCUACCAAGAACAUUCUGGCAUUCACCCUCUUUGAUGAAGAUGUUUUCAUAAAUGAUGAACUUACUUCUAUUAUCUUUGAUGUGGGAGGUAUAAAACCAGGCCAGACAAUAAAGCACACUUUCAACUUAAACCCAAAGACUCAGGAGGAAUUGGAUGUAGAGUUCUACUUAGAAAAAUGCCCAGAUCCCCCUACUGAGGUUCUCACCAAUGGUGUCCUUGUGGCUCAUCCUUGCCUGUCUCUUCAAGGUGUAAUCAACAAAGAUGAAAAGUCAAAGCAGAGUGAAAAGGGGAACUGUCAGGUGAAGCUAUCAAUGCCAGGGGCCUAUGAGAAACAGUUGUGCAUCCCCCUGCAGAUGGACAGUGAUCAAGAUUUUGGGACCCCUUUUGUCUUUCAUAUAGACAAAGAAAUGUGUCCAGACCUGGAGGUGGAGCUGGAGAAAACAAUAACUGUCUUACAGGAUGAAAUAAACUCUGACAUGGAAAAACACAGCAUACUUCUGGGACGGGGGACUGUACCAGUUAAAUCACUGCCUGGUGGACAGAAAGUAGACAUGACUGUUCCUCUAGGAGAGGGACAAAGUUUGGAUCUGAGUGUGAAGGCUGAAGAGAGCACUUGGGAUCUUGAUGUGCGCCUUAGUUUUGACCUCUGUGAAGAAGAGAGAAAAUUUUUGGACAAGAGAAAGAAAAUAGUUUCUCAGGCAUUAAUGAAGACACUUGGGUUAAGAGAAGCCCCAGGGAAAGAUGAGGUCCCAGUGGUAGCAGUUUUGGGAUCUGGUGGUGGGGUUAGAGCACUAACAUCAUUCUAUGGCAGCCUGUCAGGGCUUCAGCAACUCAGUCUUCUGGACAGCACAACGUAUCUCUGUGGAAUUUCAGGUUCUACUUGGUGUUUGUCUGCAUUGUAUAAAGACACAAAUUGGUCUCAUAAGGACCUUCAAGGUGCAAUCAGCAAUGCCCGGGAUUAUGUAUCUAGUAGGAAAGCAGGAGCAUUUUCCUCAGAACAAUUGAAAUAUUACUUCCAGGAGCUGAACUCAAUGGAGAAUGACGGACGGAAAGUCUCUUUCACAGACUUGUGGGGCCUUAUAAUAGAGUAUAUUCUACACCAGAAGGAAGACCCGUCAAAGCUAUCUGACCAACAAGAAGCAGUGAAGAGGGCACAGAACCCCUUACCCAUCUAUGCAGCAGUCAAUGUGCGGUCUGAUAUUAGCAGUAAUGACUUUGCUGAAUGGUGUGAGUUCACUCCCUAUGAGGUUGGAUUCCGUAAGUAUGGAGCUUUCAUCCAAACAGAAGAUUUUGACAGUGAAUUCUUCAUGGGGCGGCUGAUCCGGAAACGUCCAGAGCCUAGGAUCUGCUAUCUGCUGGGAAUUUGGGGCAGUGCCUUUGCUGCAAGUCUGGAUGAUGUCUGCCUGAAGAUGGUUGGUUCAGGACUGGGCUUUCUAGAUUCUCUGAAAGAAGUAAUCAAAGUCAUAGAUGAUUGCCGAAGAUUCCGUUACCAGGAUCGCACUCGAUUAAAGACUCGUUUGGUUAUACCAGGGGGACCUUUCUUACAAAUUUGCCAGGAUUUCUUCAAGUCCCGUGUCACCUCUGGGGAAACUUUCAACUUCAUGCAAGGCUUGUACCUUCACAAAGAAUAUGUCAACAACAGGAAUUUUGUGACCUGGAAAGGUACACACCUGGAUGCUUUUCCCAACCAGCUGACUCCUACGGAAGAUAGCCUGUACCUGGUGGAUGGUGGUUUUUCUAUCAACUCUCCCUUUCCCUUGGUGCUUCAACCAGAAAGAGAUGUAGAUGUCAUUCUAUCAUUUAACUACUCUUGGAACGCUCCAUUUGAGGUUUUACAGUUGACUCAGAAAUAUUGUGAAGAACGGGACAUCCCCUUUCCAAAAAUCAUCUUGAAUGAGGAAGAUGAGAAGAAUCCAAAAGAGUGUUACAUGUUUAUGGAUGAUGAGAACCCAAAUGCUCCUAUAAUUCUUCAUUUCCCAUUGGUGAAUGACACAUUCCAGAAAUACAAGGCACCAGGAGUAGAACGCAAAUCAGAAGAUGAGAAAUCUUUUGGUGACUUUGUCAUUAAGGGAAAAGACUCGCCUUACCGCACGCUGAACUUCACCUUUAAACCCUAUGACUUUGACAGGCUGGUGGAAGUGACCCGUUACAAUGUUCUGAACAACAAGGCCAUUCUCCAAAAAGCCCUAAAUUUGGCUCUGAGCAGGAGGAGGAAGAAGAAGAAGAGCUAUAGGCUCUGAGAACCUUCCUGGCAAAGGACAUGGAUGGACUGCAGUGCACCAAAGGCAUAUGGGUCAAGUAAGAAUGCUGAAGGCCGAAGUAGUUGCAAGCCACCUUCAUUUGAAUGGGAGAAGCAUAGUUUAAUUCCCUACAUGUCACACUAAAAACUGACCAGAUAUGGUAGAAAUCUCUCCCUCUCCCCCCACUCCUGUUGUACUUUGCUACAGUUUGUAAAGCCCAUGAAGAUAAUAGUUGUUUUUCAUUGCUAACUGUCUGGUAUUAAGAAACCAAACUAGGUACAUUGUGAGGUAACAGGAGUUCCUCUCUUGUUACUCAGCACAGUCACAGAUUCAUCUAAGUUCUGGCUGUGCAGGGUGGUAGGGAUGCUGAUAUGAGGUAUAACAAUCCUCCUCGUUCCUGAGCCAGUGAUGCAUGUUUUUAGUUAUGGAUCUCUGUGGAGGAGAGGGUGUUUAAGUGUAGGUUAUGCAGACAAAUGUAUCUUGGGGACUGGAUUGGUUAAGGCCACACUACUCCAUUUUUGUGCUGUGACACAUCUAGAAUUUGAAGCCAGGUAACCAGUGGUGAAAGUCCAUUCAGGAGCUGUGCCAAGUCAUGGAGAAAAUCCUGGUUUGUUGGCAGAGAUUCCUCUGUUCAAGGCAUGGAUAAAGUGGGCUAAUUCCUCUACACAGUUUAAUUUAGCCAAUGCCAAAAGGAACUCUUUUAAAAAUCUGCUAAUGUAAUAAUGUUGUUUUUGUUCUAUAAAACCCUAGAUAUCUUGGUCCUAGCAGCUUUAGAGGCUGACUCUCUCUCCUUAUGUGAUACCAGAGCUAUUGUCCUAAUUUCUGUCUAACAUAAUUGGGGAGGCAUUGGGAGUUCCCAGGAAAGGAUCCUUGGUGAUGGAAAUUGCUUCCUCUUGCUGCUGCAACCUGACUCACCAGAGCCUGGAAUCGUUGCCCUUCAGAUGCUGCAAAAACUCAUCUGUUUGUUUUCUCGGAUAUUUCCUGGGGAGGAGGAAGACAGGCUAUUUUUCCAUAAUGGGUAGGUUUUAGGGAGGUCUGUUUUUUUAUAAGAUAUUUGGGACAGUGCCUUGUUUAGGAUUUUAUUUUGUUAGUGUGCGUUUUAGAGGACUACUUUGAUGCAGCAACUGCUUGAGAUAGGUGUAACUACUAAAUAUGAAUAAAUAAAAUGAAUGCAAGAUGCUGCUGCUGCAUUGUGGGGUAGAAUUACUGCACUGCAGAAAGAACUUUUAAGCAGAAGAAAAUAAUCCUCAAGGAAUGUCUAAAAUGUAUUGGGGAAUAACCACUAUCCAUGUGUAUGGUGUCUAAUUUGAACUGAAUGUGCUGACUGUGUGUUUUAACUUUUAUGACAGAAGUUUGAUGUCCCAUUCAAAGCAGACCAUAAUGUAGUUGUAACUUUUCAAGAACACUGUGCAACUUCAUUUCUAUAAAGGAAAGAGUAUUUUCUACAUUUCCUUUUAAUAAAACAAAAAUAAUUUUGCUAUGGGCUGCUUUUCAGGCCACAAAG